GUGCUUGUCCCCUGUGCCCAGAGGGUUGUCCAGGUCUCUGCAAUAACAAUGGACGAUGCACCUUGGAGGCCAGCGGAUGGCACUGCAUCUGCCAGUCGGGAUGGAGAGGGGCGGGGUGCCACGUUGCCAUGGAAACACUAUGUACCGACAGCAAGGACAACGAAGGAGAUGGCUUGGCUGACUGCAUGGAUCCAGACUGCUGUCUGCAGCCUUCCUGUCAGAAUCAGCUGUACUGCAAAGGGUCACCUGACCCAGGCGAGGUGCUCAGCCAGUCUCCAUCCUCAGUGCCUCCUCAACAGGCUGCCAGAUCUUUCUACCAGCGCAUUCACUUUCUAGUUGGGCCUGAAUCGACUCACAUAAUCAAUGGUGAAAAUCCUUUUAAUAAAAGCUUGGUGUCGAUAAUUCGAGGUCAGGUCCUGACAGCUGAUGGAACACCUCUGAUUGGAGUCAACGUGACAUUUGUUCACUAUCCUGAGCAUGGAUACACUAUAACACGCAAGGAUGGCAUGUUUGAUCUUCUGGCCCAAUGGGUGAUUCUGGUGGUGGAGUGA